UGUCGGGUGGUACCCGGUGUUUACAGACAGACCCAGUGCCGGCUAGUGCUGCGGUUGUGUAUGUCACGGAGAGCUGCUGUGCCGUUUUCUUUGGGCUCGAUGUCUUGAUGCGAGGGAGCUGCGAUGAGUGAUGUGGUUGAGAAGACUCUCACUGCUCUCCCGGGGCUCCUGCUGUCACUCGACUCGCAGCCCGGAGCUGCCAAACUCUGUGCGACUUCGCGCCUGGGAAGCCUGGUCAGGAGCAUCACAGAGCUGACGUCCAAGAAUGAAGAAGAGAAGCUCAUUAAGAAAGAACUAGCUGCCAUAAAAGAGCAGGUGUCAUCUCCAAACACUACACUGAAACAAAUGAAGGAAAUCAUGGUGAGGGCAAUUUACUGCGAGAUGCUCGGCUACGAAGCCUCCUUCAGCUACAUACACGCCAUCAAACUGGCCCAGCAGGGCAGUGUGUUGGAGAAGAGAGUCGGUUACCUUGCUGUGUCACUCUUCCUGCAUGAAAGUCAUGAUCUGCUGCUCCUUCUUGUAAAUACUGUCCUGAAGGAUCUGCAGAGUACAAACCUCAUCGAGGUGUGCAUGGCACUAACUGUGGUCAGCCAGAUCUUUCCCAAAGACAUGAUCCCAGCUGUCUUGCCUCUGGUUGAGGACAAGCUCACACAUUCCAAGGAAAUCAUUCGAAGGAAGGCAGUCCUGGCGCUCUACAAGUUCUACCUAAUAGCGCCCAACCAGGUUCAGCACAUCCACGACAAGUUCCGGAAAGCACUCUGCGACAAGGACCCCGGAGUCAUGACAGCUUCUCUGCACAUCUACUUAAAAUUGAUAAAGGAGAGCCCAGAGAGCUACAAAGACCUGACAGACAGCUUUGUGACCAUCCUCAAGCAGGUGGUGGGGGGAAAGCUCCCCGUGGACUUUAAUUACCACAGCGUCCCUGCACCUUGGCUACAGAUGCAGCUUCUUCGCAUACUGGCUCUCCUGGGGAAGGAAGACCAGAGGACCAGUGAAAUGAUGUAUGAAGUUUUAGAUGAGUCUUUACGGAGAGCAGAAAUAAAUCACAACAUCACAUACGCCAUUCUAUAUGAGUGUCUGAAAACCAUCUACACUAUUCAUCCAAAGUCAGAGCUGCUGGAGAAAGCGGCAAAAUGCAUUGGGAAAUUUGUUUUGUCUCCUAAGAUCAACCUGAAGUACCUUGGGUUAAAGGCUCUAACUUACGUUGUCCAGCAAGAUCCAAACUUAGCCCUUCAGCACCAGAUGACCAUUAUCGAGUGCCUGGAUCACUCUGACCCCAUUAUCAAGAGAGAGACCCUGGAGCUCCUGUAUCGCAUCACCAACGGUCAGAAUGUCUCUGUCAUUGUGGAGAAGAUGCUGGAUUUCCUCCGCCUGAGUAAAGAUGAGUACACCACGAUUGACCUGGUGGGAAAGGUGGCUGAGCUGGCUGAGAAAUAUUCCCCAGACAACAGCUGGUUCAUCCAGACCAUGAAUGCCAUCUUUUCCAUCGGAGGUGACGUGAUGCAACCUGAUAUCCCCAACAACUUCCUUCGACUUUUGGCAGAAGGCUUUGACAGCGAUGAAGAAGACCGCCAGCUGAGGCUGUUGGCCGUGGACUCGUACCUCUCCCUGCUGGAGUGCGACACCUCCGGUCUGCCCCAACGCUUCCUGCAGGUCAUCAGCUGGGUUCUAGGGGAGUUCUCCUUCCUGAAAGAGGGUUUGGAGCCUGCUGAUGUGGUGGAGCGGCUGGGAAAACUUCUGGAUGAUGAUGCCAUCACCACAGAGACACGCUGCUGGGUGCUGGCAGCUAUGAGCAAGCUGUGUGGGAGCAGUGAUGCCCUGUGCAAGGCUGAAAAGGUGGCACACAAGUAUACCAGCUGCCUGGACACCGCCCUACGGCAGCAGGCUGUGGAGCUGGAGCUACUGGGUCGAGACGUGGACCUGAGGACCCGUGUCUUGCCGCAGCAUGGUGCAAGGAACCAGCUGGAGGUGGACUCCUCCCUCUCCUUCCUGGAUGGCUUUGUGUCCGACGCCCUGGCUCGUGGGGCAGCUCCCUACAAACCUCCUCAUCAGAGACAGGAAGAGCUCUCACAGGAGAAAAUAUUGAACUUCGAGCCCUAUGGCCUGUCGUUGCCCGUCAGCCUGUCCGCCUGCAGUCUCACUGACCGGCAGUCCCCCACAGCCCUGUCCCUGAGCUCCAGCCUGUCUGGUAACAGUGCAGACCCCCCCCUUAAGGCUGGCUCCAACUUGCUGAAAUUGGAGGGGGUGAAGAGAGUAUGGGGGAAACAGGGAUACCUUCCGGAGAAGCAGGCCACAGAGGAGGCGUUGGCUCAGGAACCAUCUUCCAUCUUCGCUCCCUCCCACCAGCAGGCGUGUUCUGAAAGCCAGCAGACAACUUUUUCCACCAUUGUAGAGCAGGACCAGGAAAAGCGGCAGCUGGCUUCCUCUCUCUUUGUGGGCCUGGGAUCCCAGAAUGCCCCGUGUCUGUUGGGGAAACCAGAGGCCUCAUCAUCACAGCGCUUCAGGAGGAAAGUCAGGCCUGAGGAUCCAUCAGAUGUCAACAGGAGUCUGGCUGUUUCCUCGUCCUUCUCCCAUUCCAGCAGUGCUUUGGAUGUCCUUUUGGACAAUGCCAUUCCUGAUCCCACCGCUGUAUGUCUGCUGGUGGAGCCUGCCAGUGCCCAGAAUCUCUCAGAUAGCACGAGUGAGGCUGUGCCAGCAGUGGGCAAUACUGAGGUUGUGGAGGCUUCUGAGGUCUCCUCACUGAGUGGAGGCAGUGGACCACUUGCUCAGCCCUCAAGCCAGGUGGAGCGAGGGCUGGAGUCUGAUCUUCCCUCACGUUUGCCAGCAACACUCGUAGGGCUGCUGCGAUCAGAUGUAGAGGAGCUUUGCUCUGGCGAAAGCCUCUCUCUCUCUGCCUGUAAAGUGUUUGAUGCUGAUGCCCUGGUCCUCGCCAUCUUCCUGUCUAAUAUCAGUGAUUCAUCCAUCCAAGAAGUGUCCUGCCUCAUAUCUUCUGAACAACUGAAGGUGCUGGACGAGUCCUGUUGCUCGUUCACAGAGCUGGAAGCCCAUGGAGUGGUGGUCAGUCUUUACCGACUGGUAAUGGAGGCACCCGGCACCCAGGCCAUUGUGAGGGGAAGUGUGUCCUGUGCUUCGCAGGCCACACAGAGCUUCUCCUUGACCCUCUCCCUGGUUGACUUCAUUAGGCCCCUGCCCCUGACCACAGAGGAGUAUGGAAAGAUGUGGUUGUCUUUCUCCCACGAUGUGAAGCAGAACCUGAUGCUCCUUAAGCAUGAAGAGGAGGACCAGCUGGAAGCUGCCCUGACCGCCCUGAAGGAGAAGCUUUGUCUUCACAUUGUGGAUGUCAUAGGCGCUGAGGGCAUCAUGGCCUGCCAGCUGGUCUCAGGACGACCCUGUCUACUGCACUGCCAUACCCACGGUGGGAUGCUGGCCAUCUGGCUGCGCUCACCCAUAGCUGACCUGCCCGACUGCCUGCUGUACCACUGCCAGAAGGCUAUCCAAGAACGCUGAGAGGAACACUCGCAGGUACCAUGGGCAUGGUCUGUAAGCAGGGUGUGGGACGUACGUGUCAAAGAGGCAGGACCAUGGCGGAAACCUGCCAGUGGACAGUGCUGCUGGAACUGUCAGGUGCGGGGGCAGAGCAGCUGAAAGCUCAAGUCAGUCCUGCAGAAAAGGCUGGAGGCUUGUUGCACGUGGUUCCUUUUUUAAGUGCACUGCUUACUCUUCAGUUGGUUACCUUUCUGAUGUCAUAUCAUGGGCUUCCGGUGCAGCUGUGUGAUCUCACUGCAGAUUUUUAUUCUAGUAUUUAUUGUCUUUAAUUCUAUUUUCUGUUUUUGUUUUUCAACAAAUUUAAAGUUCAAAAACGGCACUGGUUUCCAAAAAACACUGUCUCAGGCGGAAAGGUAGUGUCAACGCACCUCGCCUGCUCUUCAUUGCCUUGGUAAGCAAAGUUCCCUACCUGUCGGUCUGCGAGAACAUUUUUUUUUUUCUCCUCCUCUCUCAUGAGCUGUUCUCUGCAGGUGUGCUUGGGAUCACACUUUUCUGCGUUUUCUGCCCAAGGGUGGUGUUGGUGGCAUUCUUUCCAGUCCGGUUCAUCUAGAACAUGCUCUCAAUUCACUGGGUCACUGCACAGUCAUGUGCAGACAUAGUGGGCCCCUGUGCAGAAAAAAGCUCAGUGCACUGCUGCCGUGCUCUGCUGAGUGCUCCCUUGGUAACCACCCAUCCCCAAGCCGAAGACCAGAAAGGCACCGAUUCGCAGCUCUCAACUGUUCACAACAGCUGUUGUUAACCUCUAACCCCAGGCCCUCCACAUCUUUGCCUGUCACCAGUCUGCUUCACUUUUUACUUGCACUAUUCAUAGGUCACUGUCGAUGACCUCUGGAACCAUAACCCUUCUACAAACUAUAUGAUAUGAAUGACCUGGGAUUUAUGUGUGGCAAAGCUAGAAAGGACAAGGGGCCAAAGCCCUGAGGAACUAGUCUAAAAACUCAGUUUGAUGAGUAUGUGUUAUUUAACCACCUAACACUCAUCACUGGUCUUGGUCCCACCUGACUUUCCCAUUAUUGUGGGACCCACUGCUCUGCCGUCUGUGCAGCUCCUGGCCAAAUGGUUACACAGUGAGCUCAGAGCCGAAUGGAAUUACACCUCGACUCUUCGCUCGGUCCCUGUCCUUCAACCAUCGCAAGUGCUCUGCUGCAGUCCUGGUCUCUGUCACUGAUCCGGUAGGGCAGCAGUACCUAAGCCCAUCUCAGAACCUUAAUCCUAGAUAUUCCUUGUGUUGCUCAGAGCAGAUUUUGCAGAAGUAACCGUUUUACCAGUGUUGGGGUGUUCCCCCCCCCCCCAUUGCCAGGAUUGGGGCUCUUCAUGACUGGGUCUGGGGACUCAUGCUGUAAAGCCUUACUAACUGUUUUCCUUUAAAGCUGAUUUGCGUUUCCUUUCUAAUGCUCUUAAGUCUUACAUAAGCGCAUGGGUUGCUGUCUAAAUAACCUGCAAUAAAUCACCACAGCCUGUACUAUGACACUUGCUUUAAAGAUCAUUUUCUGUGCUUAGUAAAAUAACUCAUGACGUUGGCCUGUCAAACAUUGUGUGCAGAACUUUCUGAUCUGUGGCUGAAAUGACAGUAUUGCAUGUUCUCGCAGACACAGCCAUCCCACGAAUAUCUCAAUCCCAGGUCUCUUGGGAUCAGGGGCCCGGGGACAAUCGCUCAUCUUCCUGGAAAAAGUCACUCAUACAAGCACUGUUGCCAUUAAACUGUACACACUAAUAGAGGUAGCCAAAUGCCUUAUUUUACUGUGUUCACAUGGCAUGUUUGUUUGUGCCUGUGGUACAGAAAGGUUGUUUUGUUAAGAAUGCCUGUCAUG